AUGACUGAGCUCUCCACAGAGGGCUCACUAAAUUUCUGUAUGGGGUCUCUAGGUGAGAGAGAGACAGAGAGAGAGAGAGAGAGGUAUUUGCAUGAGACAAUGAAAAUGAAGGCUGGGAGGAUAUUGUUGCUUGUUCUUUGUUUGAAUGUGGUUACCUUUGGAGUGAUUGCUGUUCCGCAAACAUGUCCUGCAUCGGAUCUUGAAAGUGGGUGUAGUGAUUCUGAGGAAUGGAAAGGGGAAUAUUUCCCUGGAAUUCCCAAAAUUAAGUAUGAGGGCCCGUCUAGCAAGAACCCCCUAUCCUUCAAAUGGUAUAAUGCGGAAGAGGAAAUUCUAGGGAAGAAAAUGAAGGAUUGGUUGAGGUUUAGUGUAGCAUUUUGGCACACAUUCCGUGGAACAGGAGGUGACCCAUUUGGUGCACCUACAAAGAAUUGGCCAUGGGAGGAUGGAACUAAUUCUGUGGCUAUGGCCAAAAGAAGAAUGAGAGCCAACUUUGAGUUCAUAAACAAGCUUGGAGUCGAUAGGUGGUGUUUCCAUGACAGGGAUAUAGCUCCUGAUGGAGAAACCUUGGAGGAAUCUAACAAAAACUUGGAUGAAGUGGUGGCCCUUGCUAAGGAGCUUCAGGGAAGCAAAAUUCGACCUUUGUGGGGCACAGCUCAGCUGUUUCUGCAUCCUCGCUACAUGCAUGGUGGUGCUACAAGCCCUGAAGUAGGUGUAUAUGCAUAUGCUGCUGCUCAAGUUAAGAAAGCCAUUGAGGUCACACAUUAUUUAGGGGGCGAAAAUUAUGUCUUCUGGGGUGGCCGUGAGGGUUACCAGAGUCUCUUGAAUACUGACAUGGGACGAGAGCUUGAUCAUCUGGCACGGUUUCUUGAAGCUGCAGUUGCCUACAAGAAGAAAAUUGGAUACAAUGGGACACUGUUGAUUGAACCCAAGCCUCAAGAACCUACCAAACACCAGUAUGAUUGGGAUGCUGCAACAUCAGCAAAUUUCCUUCGAAAAUAUGGCCUAAUAGGAGAAUUUAAACUUAACAUUGAGUGCAAUCAUGCCACGCUAUCUGGUCACAGCUGUCACCAUGAGCUUGAAACUGCAAGACUCAAUGGUUUAUUAGGAAAUAUUGAUGCAAACACUGGAGAUCCUCAGACUGGAUGGGAUACAGAUCAAUUUCUCACAGAUAUUGCAGAGGCAACUCUGGUUAUGCUCACUGUAGUAAAGAAUGGAGGAAUUGCACCAGGAGGAUUCAACUUCGAUGCAAAAUUACGGAGAGAAAGCACAGACGUUGAGGAUUUGUUCAUUGCUCAUAUUAGUGGAAUGGAUACCAUGGCGCGUGGGCUCCGAAAUGUUGUGAAGCUCAUUGAGGAUGGUUCUCUGGAUGAGCUUGUUCGCAAGCGGUAUGAGAGUUUCGAUACAGAAAUUGGCGCACAUAUAGAGGCUGGUAAGGGUGAUUUUGAGUAUCUUGAGAAGAAGGCCAUAGAAUGGGGUGAACCCAAAGUUCCUUCUGCCAAGCAGGAACUUGCGGAGAUGCAUUUCCAGUCGGUUUUGUAG